AUGAAUCUCAAAAUCGAGGUAUUGGGGUCAAAGGUCCAAUUUGUUCAAUUAGAUUAAAACCUUUUAGUGUCUGAUGCUAUAGAUGCACUAAUAUAAAAGCUAAAAUUAAAGGAAUAGAAUUAAUAAUUAGGUUUAUAUGUAAAUGGAAUUGAACUCAAAAAAAACGAAAGAUUAAUAUAAAAAUUCUUAUUUUCUAAUGAUAUAGUGUAGCUCAAGAAAAUUGAAUAAAUAAAAUAAUUACAGGGAAUAAAACUGCGUUUUACUAAUGAAAUAAGAAUCGCCUAUGUCUAUUAAGAUGAUUUGAUUAAUGUUUUAUAUGAUUAAGCUGAAAAAUAGUUUUCAUUAAGUAAGGAUAGCUUUAAACUUACUUAUAAUGAUUAAAUUCUUUAAAAAAUGAAUCCAACAAAACAGUAUUAAAUAGACGCAACAUCUACUGUAGAAGUUAAAACAUAAAACUAAUGUUUUUAAUAAAAAUAAAUGAUUGAGUUAAUACUAUAAUAUGAAAAGGAAUGUAAGAAUCUUUAAUUCGACCUCUAUGGCAAGAUUUUUGAAUUAGAGGAGAAAGCAAAAGCCUUAUUUUAAAUAAAGUAAGACAUUUGUAUUUUAAACGAUAAAUAAAUAUUGCUUCCAGAUAAAUUGCUUUUUGAAGUUGAUAUAAAUAAAAACCGUUGUCUUUUGAUUUUUCUAAAAGAUUCAUAUUAGAAAAAUUUAUCAUUUGUUGAUAUAGACUUAGAAUAUAAUGAAUAAUCAUUUACUUUAUCAGUGUCUACCGACACAUUAAUAAGUGAACUUAUUGAUCUCUUAAAAAGCUAGCAUAAUUUGACUGAUAUUGACAUAAUGAAAGAUUAGAAAGUGUUGCCAAAAGAUUUAACAAUUAAUUAAUUAAAUAUUUAAAAAAUGAGUAGAUUAAAAGUUGUUCAUAAAUAAAAUAACACAUUGAAAUUAGAAAUCAAAAUUGAAAAUAAUAUCGAAAAAAUGGAGGUUGAUAAUGAAACAGAGAUAGAAGAACUCAUUUCACAAAUUUAAUCUAAUUUUUAACUGAAAAAUAUUGAGUUAAAAUUAAGUAAUGGAUAGAAAUUAGUACAUAAAAAGUAUACCUUAAAAUAGUAUAAUAUCCAAAAUGGAACAUAACUAUUAGUGGAAUUCCCUUAACUGUAGUAAAUUAGACAAUCAAAUGGAGCUGAUUACAAUUAGUAAAUUAGACAAUCAAAUGGAGCUGAUUACAAUUAUAAUAACAAUACUAUCAAAGUGUUUGUUUUAUAUUAGCAAUAAAAAUAUCAAUUUUAAUUUCAAAAUAAUCAAUUGAUUGAAGAUUUAGAGAACAAAAUGAAAGAGGAAUUGAAUUGUUCUAAACAAAUUUAAUUACUUUAUUAAAAUAUUAUCUUACCCUAAAAAAAAUCCUUUUUACAGGCUGGAAUAACUGAUGGAUGCGUAUUGUAGUGCAAUUUUCCUAAAAUCAAAAUAAUUGAAUAGGGAAAAGCGGAAAACCCGUUAUUAAGAGUUAUAAUAAAAUAUGAAAGUUAGGAACGCGAGCAAAUGCUUCAAAGAAAUACAUUGUUAGAAGCAGUAAUUUAGAGUAUAAAGUAGGAAUUCUCAAUAUCUUAAGAAAUCUAUUUAAUAACAAAAGAAAGAAAUUUAGAUUCUUAAAAGUCUUUAGAAGAAAAUGAUAUAAAAGAUAAUACCGAAAUUUUUGUUAAAAUAGCUAUUUUGAAAAUAACUAUUAUCAUUAAUGGUCAAAAAAUGUAGACUUUAGAAGUCACCUAUGAUACUCAAGGAGAAGAUUUACAGCAAUAAAUUAAAUAUUAUUAUAAGAUAGAAGAUGAUUUUGAUUUAGUUAUAAACGAAAUAAACGAAAAAAAAGGAAUAAAAAUUAAUCCAAAAUAGUCAUUAAAAGAUUAAGGAAUAAAGAAUGGCUAGACUGUGGAAGUAUAAAUUAAAAAAGGAUAGGGGAAACAGUUUUAAGAAUAGAAAAAUAAUUCUAUUCAACAGAAUCAGCAAUUUUAACAAUAAAGUUAGAGUAAAGUUGAUCAUAAAAUUUAAUCCAACUAGUAUACUGAUCAAUAGAAUUAACAAAACUAAUAACCACAAUAAAAUUAAAAAUUUCCAAAAAGCAAAAUUCUUGUUAAUAAUAUAGAGGAUAUGAGAUCAGAAGAUAAAAAAGGUGAAAAUAUAAAUAACAAUAGCAAUUUUAAAUAGAAGCAAGUCAAUAUCAAAUUCUAAACCAAUAAUUUGAAAAAGAGUUUUGAAUUAAAUAUUGAACUGUCAUACGAAACUACAAUUUCAGAGAUAAUUGAAUACAUCAUAAAUAAUUAUCAAAUAAAUGAUAAAAUUAAAUUAUCUUUUAAAGGGAGGAUCCUCGAAUAAAAUUAAAAUUUGGCGAAUAUUUAAAUCAAAGAUAAUGAAACUAUAUACGUCGAACCGAAUAAUGUUCCUUGAUAAAGUUUAU